AUGGCGGACCCUGAGCAUCCUCCCGACACCUCCAAAGCAGCGGAUCACGUUCAGCAUGUGGGGAAGAGCCCGAUAGCCGCGGGGAAAUCGGCUACACAGCAACAGGUGAUGGCGACGUUGACAGCGGUGGAUGUAACCAUUCGGCGGCUAGAUCUUCUCCUGUCCACCGCCGGCGGGCAAGAGAGAGUACUGGCGACGGUGAAUUACGUCGCGUCAAUCCUCCACCAUCUCUGCGCCUCAAUGCCAUGGAUCGCAGUUCAAACACGACUCCGCCUUCUCGCGCGGUUGAAAGGCCGCGCCGCAUCACCAGCCGGCAAAACCGGCCAAACCGCCUCGAAAUGGGCGUCCCUGUCAUCGCUCGCCUCGGAGACCCGAUGCAACCUCCGCUUGUUCGGCCUGCUUCCACUGUGGAUUUGGGGCUCGGAGACGCUCAAGUCGCCGCCUGCCGACCCCAUCAUCCACGCCCUGACAGCCCUCCAAGUCAUCUCGAACGUCAUCUACCAAUUUCUCGAGAACGUGGCCUACCUGGCCUCCAAGGGUGUGGUGUCGAAGCGGUUCGUUGACAAGUACGGCGGGAUCGACAAAUGGUACAUCUGGAGCACCCGCGGAUGGUUCGGGCACAUCUUCUUUGAAUUCUUCGUGCUCUGGCGGCAGCAUAUCCUCCGGAAACGACGCCUUGCGACCCAGCGCACGGCGGCCGGCAACAUCGAAACGAAGGAGAUUAAAGCGGAGGAUAAGGAAGCCCUUCGCCUGGAGAUCCGCUCGUGGCGCAAGAGCCUUGUCAACAACACCAUCUGGGCUCCGUUGUGUUUGCACUGGUGUCUCGAAAAGGGGAUUGGCAUCCCGGAGAGCCUGACCGGGCUCAUCAGUUUCAUGGCCGGCGCCUGGAGUCUGCAUGACCACUGGGCUGGUACAGCCAAGGCAUGA